CGAAAUCCUUGUGAGCUGGAGGAGUUAGACAUAAUAUAACUAAGUACGGAAAUGGAAAAGUAUAUGUGCUUUAUCCAGCCAGGCAAUAAGCUAACGUUAAGUGUGGCGGUGCCUUUGCUUCACUUGCUUUGCCUCUUUGCCCCAUUCUGUUUCAGUUGGGAUGCUCUUGGGAUCGCGUUCGGGUUAUACAUUCUCACCGGCCUUGGAAUCACUGUCUCCUAUCAUAGGAAUUUGUCCCAUAAGAGUUUCAAGGUUCCCAAAUGGCUUGAGUAUUUUCUUGCUUAUUGGGGUGUUCAAGCUCUUCAGGGGGAUCCAAUUGGUUGGGUGAGUAACCAUAGAUACCAUCACCGGUUUACUGAUUCAAAGAAAGAUCCUCAUAGUCCCAUUCAAGGGUUUUGGUUCAGUCACAUAGGAUGGCUCUACGACUCCGAAUCCGCCAAAGCGAGGGCUUUGCAGCGUGAGGAGCAAACAAAUGUAGCGGAUUUGGAGAAUCAGGCUUUCUAUAAAUUCAUUCAAAAAACCUAUAUUAUACACCAUAUUAUGCUUGGAGCAUUUCUUUUUUCAAUUGGUGGAUUUCCGUACAUAGUUUGGUGCAUGGGAGUAAGAAUUGUAUAUCUAGGCCACAUAACAUUCCUGGUGAAUUCUGUGUGCCACAUGUGGGGACAUCAAGCAUGGAACACUGGUGAUCUAUCUAGAAAUAAUUGGUUUGUGGCAUUGUUAGCAUUCGGAGAAGGAUGGCAUAAUAACCAUCAUGCCUUUGAGCACUCGGCAAGGCAUGGUCUAGAAUGGUGGCAACUUGACACAAGUUGGUGCACUAUUUGGACACUUCAAAAACUUGGUCUUGCUAAAAAUGUGAAGUUACCUUCAGAUGCUCAGAAAAGAAAGAUGACAUUCAGAAAUAUCGACAACUCCAAACUGUCGAGUGAUGGGUUUCCGCAGCUACCUCUUAAAUAAAUUGCCAUGUUGAGUCCAUAUUGUACCACCCGUCGCGUCACGUUUGGUCAAGUAUCCAUAAUUUAAUGUAUGUACGAGUUGUUUACUUUUUUUCUAUCAAGUCCAAGCUGGUUCUGGUUUGUGAAUUUCAUUGUAUUAUCUUUUUUUCAUUUUAAUGUCCUUUUUCUUAUCAUGCGUUUUGUUCUCUGUUCUGUUCUUCAAAUUUAUAGUAUAAUGAUGAACAUAUUUUAUGUAUUUUCCCCUCA